UCCAGACAGCCUUUUGAUGGCAAUUGACUUGGACCUGCCAUCCACCGUGUCUUGACCUCGGUCCUCUUCUGCUCUGGGCUCCACCCCCUCGACUCUCAACCACCGCAGUCGUACCCCGCACACAUGAUUUCGCGCUUCGCCAAGGCGUUUGUCACGAUCAUCGCCGUAACUCUGCUGUUCUCGACACUGACGUUCUUCCACGCGCCAUCGCGCACGUACCUUGACCCUUGGUCCGGUCGACUCUUUGGGGAGGACGGGAUGGAGCAGGCGCUGCGCGCCACCGACCCCGGGCCACCGUCAGCACCACCACUGCCUAUCCUCGGCGCGGAGGGAGGCGUCAUCAUGGGAAAGCUAGGCAACGCCACAGCCAAGUACGGAGCUGCGCUCGGCCGCGCGACGUGGAAACUACUACACACUAUGACGCUGCGCUACCCCGAGAAACCGACGCAAGAUGAGCGCGACGCGCUGAGUUCGUACUUCCACCUCCUGUCGCGGCUGUAUCCCUGCGGAGAGUGCGCCGCCGAGUUCCAGCUCCUCCUCAAGCAGCUUCCGCCACAGACUUCCUCCCGCCGAUCUGCGUCUCUCUGGCUAUGCUCUCUGCACAACCGCGUCAACGAGCGACUGCACAAGGAGCAGUUCGACUGCGCGCAUCUGGACGACACGUACGACUGUGGGUGCGGCGACGAGCCGAUCAAUGGGGCAUCAGCCGGCGCUGGUGCUGCUACCGACGAUUCGUUUAUGGGGCUUGAGAACGGAAACAAGGUUGCGAUGAUGCCUGGAGGUCGCUAGGUCUGAAUUAUGGAAAUAUCUGUAUCAUAUAGCUCGAGUGUUUUGAGGUAUGCGGAUGCCAGUCCCCUUGGCUUAGUUUUGCCCCGAGCUGAGUUCAAGGGAGUUCAAGCUGACGUAAUUUUAAAUCUACCGGGGCUCGAGGCGCCACAAGUUUGGCUUCAGGCGAUAUGGAACAUGUAUUUAAAAGCAAAUCAAGCUAUCUCACGUUCUUUUCUCAAUCUCAGUGCUGUUUAUUUCAUUUUCUCAUUCUCACUAUCAGUCCCAGACCGCGUGUACUUUGUUCUAUUUUGUGAUUU